CUCACUUGGAGGAAACUGCGAGAACAACAGGAAGGCGAAAGAUUCUCACCUGGGCAGUGGGAUUGGAAGAUCAGUGCACCGGGCUGGUUUAGAAGCCCCUUUCUUGCUGGUUGGGAAUUUUGUCACUUCAGAUUUGGUGGGCAUCGCCCAUCGAUCCUGCUGUGUCACCUGGAGCAAUCGACCUGGCAUCUAAAACUAUGAAAUGUGCCGCUCUUAAGGAGGUGUGAAAAUUCUUCCAUGGUUGCCUCCCAGCGCUUCACCCAUGAAGUCCUUGGCUAAGAGUGACCUCUGUUAUCAUGAACCUCUCUGUUUAGCUCCCCUUUGAGGAGGCAGCUACAAAUAUCUAUUUGACGUGAGGGACUCUCUGUUAUAACAUUACGACCCAUUGUUCUUCUACUGUUGGGCUCGCCAGCUUAAAAGGACCCCGUUUUCUCCACCGUAUGUGGACGCUGCCUCCUGUUCAACACUGGCAGACAAAAUGGCCACCGAACUGAGGGCCGCGGGAGCCAUGAGUUAUUCCUUCCAGAAUGUUCUAGAAUGUGGAGUGAGCUCUGCCAGGAAAACAAGGGAGGAAGCCCAAGCCCAGCCUCUGGAAGCGGAUGGGGAAAGGAUGGUUCCACGUGUCAUUCAGGUUGGGACUAUUGGGGAGUUUCUAGGCUGGAUGGCUCCCCAAGAGUUGACUCAAAGACCAGAGGAGGGGGCGGCUCAGUGCUGGGAAACCCAGUGGCAGGAGGUCUUGAAGGCAGUGCAGCCCCUUCCCUCUGGGUGGGGAAGCCAACUGCAGUCGAAACCUUUGCCGUGGGACUCCUCCUGCGAGACGGUUACUCAGAGCAACCCGUGGCCUAGCAGAGAAGGGGUUGCUCAGCUCCUGGUGGACAACAAUGGAGACAUUCCACGGGCCUUUGGCAAUCCAGGCAUUGUAGAGAACAGGGCGGUGAAGGCAACUGUCAUGGGAGAAGGCGCCGUCAACACUGAGGCACGGCGCCAACGUUUCCGGCAGUUCAGCUACCAGGAGGCCCAGGGCCCCCGAGAGGUGUGGAAGAGGCUCCGGGAAUUUUGCCAGUGGUGGCUGACACCGGAGAAGCACACUAAGGAGCAGAUCCUGGAGUUGUUGAUCUUGGAGCAGUUCCUGGCCAUCCUGCCCCAGGAAAUGCAGAGCUGGGUGAAGGCCCGUUGCCCUCAGGUCUGUUCUCAGGCGGUGGCCUUGGCGGAAGAGUUCCUCCGAGGACAGCAACGAGAGGUCAAGGUGCUGAGGCCAUGCGACGAUGUGGUUGUGGUUUCCUCUGAGGCGGAGUGGUCUCCGUUGGACUCCGGAUCCAGCAGGCACGUCGGCCGUGAAGCUCAGCUGGAGGAUGGUCAGGAUCCCAGCUCAUCAGGGAAGACCCGAUGCUUGGAUACUUAUGCGCUUUCCACUGGUGAAAGAACAGUGAAUGGGAAUAAGUCGGGAACAUCUCAGCAAGUGUGUUCCGAACUGCCGGUGCUGCUCGGGACGUUAUUGGGACAAUCCGGUUCGCUCGACCGCGGUUGCCAGCUGGUGCAGGAGAACCGAACAGACCUGCCGGACAGGUGGGACGAAGCCACCCUCUGCAGCGAAGGGGUGUAUGAGACCGUGGUCCGCUUGGAGGAACACGGGCACUGGUGCCUGGAAUGUGGUGAAAGUUUCCAGGACGCGUCGCAACUCACGCGACACCAGAAGACGACUCACACGGGCCGCAAGCGUCCCGAGUGCCCGGAAUGCGGGAAGUCGUUCCGGGACAUCUCGCACGUCCUCCGGCACCAGACGGUCCACACGGGAGAGAAACCGUACGCGUGCCCUGAGUGCGGGCAGAGCUUCACCCAGAAACCUGCCCUCAACAGGCACCUGAGAAAACAUCUUGAUGACACUGACUUCGCAGGUUUGGAAGUGACCAUUAGAACUCCGAGGAUCCAAACGGGCCCCCGCAAGCGUCCCGAGUGCCUGGAGUGCGGGAAGAGUUUCCGGGAUGUUUCACAGGUCCUCCGGCACCAGACGGUCCACACGGGAGAGAGGCCCUAUAGUUGCCUGGAGUGCGGGCAGAGCUUCACUCAGAAACCGGCUCUGAAUAGACACAAGAGGAAACAUCUGGAAGACAAACCGUCUGGAGGCGACGGAGAAGUGCAUGUGAACCGAGAAAACACCAGUAUGGAGUUGGCAGUAUCGCAGGACAGGUUGUGGGGCGCGUCCCCAGAGAACGCGGCUGCUGCCAGGUGCGCUUCGAAGGACUGGCCAGGGAGGAACCAGCCUGGAGAGCCCAUGCUAGGUGUGGUUGGGGGACUCAGAGCAAGAAGGAACCUGAGCCGCCGGGGACAAAAGAAGUACUGGUGUUUUAUCUGCGUAAAAGGCUUCCGAGACAAGGCGGACUUGGUUAGGCACGAGAGAAUCCACACGGGGGAAAAACCAUACAUGUGUCUGGACUGUGGAAGGAGGUUUAAUCACACGUCGAGUAUGUACAAGCACCAACUCACCCACAGGAGACCGGUUCAUCCUGAGGCGAAAGAAUCCACAGGUGAGCACUUCAUCUGUGAGCAAGAUUAUAUUUUAAACGUAGAUGAAGCUGGUGAAGAAAGCAGUGGAGGGCUGAGCAAUGGAAUACAGGUGAAGAUUGAGGCUCAGGAGGAAGAACCCCACACAGGGCCAAUCCUGCUCAGCGUAGGAAAUGUUACAGAGCGAUGAAGUGGGUAGCGCUUGGACUUCUUUACAGAGCAAUUCAAAAGAGCCGGCCAAAUGCUUGUCUCUCCAGUUCAUUUCCACUGCUAGUUUGUACAUAUAUGUAAAGAUGUUUUCUUAUGAUUGACUGUGAUUAUUAUAUUACUAUUAUGUAUUAUUAUUAUUAUUAUUAUUAUUAUU